AUGGGAGAACAGGAGGCAACAGACGACGCUGCGGCGGCCGCCUUGAUCGCGUCGUCGUCGUCGAGGUCGUUCCGGAUGAAUAGACGGUCACCAGAAGGCAAGAGGCUCAAGGCCGCCGUGUCGCGGAAGCUCGUCGACUUCCUCGCCAACUACACGGACGACGUCCUCGCUGUGCACCCUCUCUCUCCUUUCCUUUCUGCUUCAUUUUCUCGCUUCUCUCCUCAUUCUCGUCCCGCUCAUGUCGUUCGUUAUUCCGGCGAAGUUCUUUGCCCCGUACGCCGCGUCUCCCGUUCUAUUUUUCUGCUCAUCUCGGGCAUCCUCUAGGGUAUCGCAUUUCUUUUCUAUUACUCUGUAGCUUCUCCACUUCGUCUCGGUCCCCUUCCGAUGCAAUGCCUUACGCGGGGAGAAUGGCCCUGGCGUACUUGACUGGCACAGACUUUGGUCUCGGUGUACGUCUCACAAUUCCGCUGCGGUACGGUGGACUGUUGACCUGGGGAAGCCUUCUUCAUUCUCACUGUUUCCUCUGCGUUGUAUCCUCUUUCUCGAGUUGGCGUUAACUUCUUGAAUUUCUGCGACGCUCUUCUUUAGGUUCCACUACUUUGAUCUUCUCCACGGCAACAUAUCCUUAACCUCGCUAGAUUUAUACAUUACUUAGUCCUACUGUUUGCGAUGAGCCCUGUCGAGGUAUGACGUCAUAUCCCAUAUUCUAUAACUCACCGUUUUCCGAAAGUGUGAACCUGGCCGUCGUAUGGUUCUCAGCGAAAUUAUGUUGCAUCUCAGGUGUAAGGAUCGAAAUAUAUUUUUUUUUGCACGUUCUGCAUUCACUAACUGUCAUUGAUUCUACCUGUGUACUUCGUGUAGCAAUGAUAUCACUUUAUUUCCUUUUUUCCAGGAGUAUAUUGUCGUCCUUGUUUGCAACGGUAAGCGUCAGAAUCAAGUGAGAGAUGAUCUAGAGGCAUUUCUUGGCGAUGACAGCGAAACAUUUGUGGCAUGGUAUCUAUCCUUCAUGCUAUUGGAUCGUUGUUUUCUUUUGUUUUCUGUGACAUUUUCAAGUUGGAAGUACAUUUUCUUUAUUUAAUAGGCAAUGGGCAGGACGUCAAUCUUUCAUAUGAUCCCCUUUCAAUCUUUCAAUUAACAUUUGUUUGAAAUUUUUCCAGUUCUCCUUCUCUCUUAUUUGGAAAAUUUGUCUCGUUUUGGUAGUCAAUGCGUCUCUAUUAUGCUGAGUCCUCUUCACUUGAAGCUGCCCCUAUCCUUUGUCUGUGAAAUAUAUGCUACCUUGAUGAUACAAAAUAAUCUUCAUUAAUGCCCGAUACCCUUUCCAGUUUACAGGGGAGACGCUGUUAUUUCCAUACGUCUAACUUAUGCUAGAAAACUACAUUUUUAAUGAUGUUUUCUGUAAAGUGAGCAUUGUAUUAUCCUUUUCUACCUGGUCAUCUUGGACAAUGAAGGUUUACAUGGUAUGAAAUUCGUCUAUUGCAGGCUUUGGCAUUAUCUUUCUAAAGAAUCUUCGUUUCAUGUGGUUUCUGGCAUAUCAAGCCAGAAAUACGAUGCAAUGCCACCCUCCGCUGAGCAAAUUGGCAAGGAGCAAAAAAGUGGACCCACGACAGAAUCGCAGAUGCUGUCAUCUGUGGCCGCCGAUAUCCCUUUGGUGAGAGUCCCUCCUUUCUGUAUUUGGAACAUGUUCUGGGUAAUCAAUCGUCUCGAGUUUUUAAUGCAUUCUCAGUGAUGUGAUAGAGUAUUUCUUGUUUGUCUUCUCUUGGCAGUUCAAAGAUGGAAAAGAUGGAUGUUCUGAUAGUUCUUCUGUCCCAUACUCUUCAUUUGGCCUUGAAGUUUCACGAGAGAUCUCAAGGAUUGAUGAGGGAUUAGCUGUUCAAAAUCAUGAGUUGCAAGGACACAAGUACAGAACUAACAGAUCUGAUGAGUCAAACAAUGGAAUGAAUAAUGAUUCCAUGGCAUUUAAGAUUUCUUCAACGCAUUCUUCUGAAGCUUCGGUGGGUUGUGAAAAGUCCCCGCAGUUUGACAGUUCCUAUCAGAAGGUUGAGAGACUAUGCGUUCUGUGCUAGUUUCACAAUUAUUUUAUGACAUGUCUAACUUCAUUCAUCCUAUGCCAUAGAACAGGCAAGUGUUGGUAUGUCUAUUGACAUACCAAUUGAAACACCACAGCAGGAGCCAAAUAGGAGAAACUUGAUGUCAGUUAUUGCAGGUGUGGUAUAUUUUUCCUCAAUAUCUGCUAAGGGACUGUAUGUGGAGACAAAUGUGCUUUCUGAAUCUAUUUUAUUGGAUUUUAAUUUUUACUAAUAAAAAAAUAAGCACAUCGUUUAUAGAACUUAUGGCUGUGCAGAACAUUCUCGUUUGAACCAUCAGUCUUUGCCAAAAACUACCGGUGGAAGAUUGUCACCUGAAGCCAGAUCUUCUGUGUUGUGCCAGAGUAUUCAUCGGCGUGCCAGUGUUUGGGACAGACUGGGGAAACCACAUGAAGAUAGUAAUACCUUGAUGGACGUAAAAAAGAAUCAGGAUAACGUUGAUUUAAGCAAGAGAUGUAAAUCGGAUCAUCGUAAUGAAGGGUUUGAUAAGUUUAGGUUCACUCAUUCAAUGAGUGCUGCACUAGGGAAAAGGGAAGUUCAAGAUACCGAGCCACUCGAGAAUUUUCAUGGCUCAUUCAUAUCAAACAAUGCGGUUGUUGUGCAUACAGAGGUUGGCUGCAAAACAGACAUGAAUGUCAUUGACCGUGAUACAGGUUUCGUCAAGAAAAGGCCAAUUUUGCGUGACAAAGGCCACAUUAGUGAUAUGGCAUCAUCAUUUGCAUGCAUUAAUGAUGGUCUUGAAGAUAAAGGAUCAUACAAUAAGUUGCCAAGUCCGUCCUCUGCUGGGAGGAUAAGUAAAGAAAGCUUGAAGCAGGUUAAUGCUGAAAAUAGCCUGCCUUCUGAGGCAGCACAUUCUUAUUUGAAAUCUUUCAAAACCUUCCGUGAUUUGAGGCCUUACAAAAUUUCUCAUCUGCAGGCAGGGAUGAACUUGUCGACCCCCCCUAACCAGAAUUCUGGUUCAUUUGACAAAUCAAAACAGUUAAAGCCAAAAUUGCUCCGUAAUCCAGAACAUGCAGCAGCUGGUGACAAUCCCAUGGAAGAUGUAUGCUAUCUUUUUGUUAGUAUUCCCUUGUAUUGUCACAAGGGUACUGUGGCUAUUAAAAAAUAGUAAUUCCUUCUGAUUUCUUAAAAUGCUCAAUUCUCAUUUCGUAUAAACACAAUUUUCAUGCAGGAAGUGCUUGAUGUGAUGAAAAGAUUGUGUCAAAUUGAAAGGGAGAUGCUUGAGAUCCGGUCAAAGCAGACUAAGAUGAAUGCUGACGCAAAAGUCCUUGCAUCUCAAGGCCCAAGUAAGAACCAGUUUCAAAAGUUUUUCGUCAAUUUGGAGCAUUAUCCCCCGAACAAUUCGGAUUAUUUUCAACUUUAUCUUUACAGCUUUCAAUCUUGUCUAUCCAAGUGAUCCUUUGGAAGAAUAUAGACCAGACAACCAAGGUAUCGAGGUCUUCCUGGCCAAUUGUCUACUAUAUAGCUUGCCGGCCUGUGCCAUGUGGUUUCUAACACUUUCAUUUUGCCUGCUUUCUCUGUUGCAAAAGUCAAUCCUAGUGUGACCGGUAGCUGCCAUGAUUUGUUUGGUGGAAAUGCAUAUCACCUAAUGUCAGACCAAUGUAUAACCUAAAGGAGGAGAGCUGGCCAGUUGCCUAUGGGUUUCAAUUCUUCUUUUUUUGCAUUAUUUAUUUUAUAUCAUUAUUCUGUUUUUUAUUUUUUACUACAACAUGACGACUAAAUUUUCCACCUUCACCAGAUUUUUUUAUUGAAUUAGUAGGUCAAUAAGAUAGAAGUUUUAUUAUAUUAUUUUUUUAUUUACGAAUGCAAUAUAUAUGUGCUGACUUUUGUUCGUUCGACAUAAUUAUUAUUUUUAUCUUCUACAAGUUUAUUUAUAUAUUAUAUUUCAUGUUAUGAUAUUCCUUACGAUAUACAAUGAAAUUUUAAAUUUUUUUCCAUAACUUAGCGAGAAUCAUUUGAGUAACUUGUCGAGAUUAUUUAAUGCAUACAUUAUGUUGGAUGGUAUUAUUAUUAUCUUUAUAGUUAGGACUUUGCCUUAUUUGUCACUUAUUUGAUCAUUAAUUAAUAUUUUAAUUAUAAAUUUUAAAUUAUUCAAAAUUAGGCUUUACAUAGUAUCUUCCCUCAUUGCGUAGGAAGUAAGGCAAUAACCUUCCUCCUUGCUUAGCUUAAUUGCCUUUAAAGCCUUGCUUUCAAUCUGAUGAAGUGCAUACAUUGUUUGAGGUGAACGUUCAAGUGACACUUUUCAUUAAAAUCCCAACUUGGCAAGAAGUGAAUGUUAUCAAAAUCACAUUUUUUAAUUAUUUUCUGUAUUCUCUCUUUUUUAUGUGGGUAGUACUGGAUGAUGAUCAAAAAAAUUCCUGUGGCUUUAGGCCAUACUAGUGGCACGAUAUUCCUCAAAAAUAAGUUAUUCAUCCUAUCUUUACACAACCAUUCCAUUCCUUCGUUUAUCCCGUCCUGUACUAACGUAACCAAGCCCUAAUACUUGAGGUUUCCGAUUGUUAUUGGCAUGGGCUUGGGUAUCAAUCAUGGACUCAUGUAAAUUAUCAUAUAUUUAUAUAGUUGGCAUGCGUUUAUCCAUGUCUAAAAUAUUGUUUAAGAUUGGUGUAGACCGAGGGUGUGAAUGAUAACAGAUGUCUAACAUAGUGCGAAAGUAGUUAUUCUUCCUAUUCUCGGAAUAAAUAGGCACGUUAUAUCCAGAAAGCUUACAUUCGUACAGCUUUUAUUCGAGCUAUGAACUUACGAAUUGUGAGCUGGAUGGGGUUUUGACUGAGACCAGCCUUGGGGAUAAUAGCGAACUGGUCAUGUCACAUCACUCUUCUUCUUGAAUUAUUAUUUUUAGUUCCUUUCUUCUUCUGCUCUUUUGCUUUUCUUCCUCUCCACAUCUACUUUUUGUUUCAUUGACUCGAAUUUCCAUGUCAAAAGGUCGGAAAUUCUCUUGAAGUGUUGGACUAAAUUAAACCCUGACACUUACUCGACUCAUGAUCAUAUGCUGCCAUAACAGGAGUGGACUCAUAAAAUUUGAAUUAGCUUGAUUUUUGGGUUCCCUUUGUCAGACGUCAACUUGAAGUCUGGAUGAUGCUAGCUUGCUACCUAUACAUAUUUUUUCAACGUAUGAGCUUUUGUUCAUAGUGGAUUCUGGAGUCCUGCAUGCAGAUGGCCUCUAGUGAUCGUAUUCAAAAAAUAAAUAUAAAAUAUUAAUACUACAAUGCUUUCUUCCUUUGGUGCACAAACCAUGCCAAAAUUGUGCUGCUACUAAUUCUUAGGAAUGAGAUGUACUUAAUUCUCCCCCAUCAUGGUGGCGUAGGCCCAGGGUGAAACCCCUCUGGUGGCUGAUCCAAGCCUAUGGUGGCAUAGUGCAACGUUGAAAUCCCAUCGGAGACUUAGCCCAAGGAUGAAAACCCAUCAAUUGCAUACCGCAAGUAUUAAGUGUAUUACUUUGGUAGAUUUAUGCAUUAAUUGUGCAUUUGGUCUUACACUAUUAAAGACGUCCUUAUAUUCCCGAUUGUUUAUUUAUACUUUCUCUGUGUAUUCAGGUCUGAGGAGUUUUCUUGAGGAAGAUGUCGAUGCUCGAACUGUUUUUGUGGCAAAUGUAAGCAGAGCGCAGUGCAUACAUGAAACCUUCCGUUUUAAAAUUUUCGAAAGAAAGCAGUGUUCUCCUUCUCAUUUUUUAGCAACAUAAAUUAGACCAAAUUAGAGGGAUCAUUGAUUAGGCAUCUACCUAUUUGCAUAGAAGAUAGUGCGAACAAUAACAUUCUGUCUUAUGCUACAUUUUCUUAUUAUUACUUUUUUUUUCUAUGGAAGUUUUUAUGUGCCCGAUUUCCUCUGUUAAAACAUUUAUUUAGCUCUUUUAUAGACAACAACCAUCAUUAAAUCCCCUUGCUAAUGAGAAUUAUCAUUCAGUUGACAGAGCCAUUUGUGAGAUAAAAUAUUAUAUUUUCUUAUCCUACUUUUUGUUUAGAUUAUCUUUUAUCCAGCAUUCCAGGGAGCGUAGUCCAUGAGAUUUUGAUGUCGUCAACAGUUUUUAAGUGUCAAAUCCCUAGUUUCUUUGGUUUUCUGUGCAUCUCUUUACGGUUCACAACUCGAAGAUCCAUCCCUAAUUAUAGCAGACCAUUCUCUUUGAAGAUUGAUGUUUAUAACUAACCACCCGAUCUAAAGAGGUUAAGUAGAGGUUCCCAUUAGGUAGAAUUUUGUUAGCCCAAGCACUUAUUUGUUGAGGAGAAACAAACAUUUUUGGAAUAAUAGCGGCUUAAAGAAACUCCAGAUCAGAGACUUGGUACAUCUUUCGAAGAAUUGCUACCUGCAUUUGUGACACUUGCUUUCACUCUGUGUAUUAUACUGCGAAUCAUUUUAUCACUUGUAUUGACCAAUUACUACCUGGGUUGGGCCUUGUAGCUUUCAGAGAAGAUUAUCCAGGAUCAGAGAAUCUUUUUACCUGCUUUUCCCCCCCUCCCCCCCAUCCCGCCCCCCGCAAGAAAACACAGCAAAAAUAAAACCUGCAUGCAAUAGCGAACAUGAGGCCUUGUUUCUGUCAAUCAACCAGCAAGUUGGGAACCUGAUCUAAUUCCGAGGUCAUGACCAGCUUGACCAUUGGCACUUAUCCCUGAAGAUUGAAUGUUCAUUUCUUGGUUUAAACAGCUAGAAGAGAUUCGUAACUGUGCUUGCCCAUGUCAUUGUUAUUUUGUUUUGGCAAUGCUAUUCUUUUUCUGAUCCUUCAUAUGAUUCCUUACCUUAUCCUUUCUGAAUUCAUGCGUUGAUGUAUAGUUGAAUCUUGUGGAGAUUGUAAGAGAUCCUUUCAUACUUCAGGUACAUUUUUCUGCACCGAAAGAAGUCUUGUCAUCUCAUUUCGCGCAAUGUGGGCCCAUUGUCAGAUUAAUCACACCAGUCAACACUGUGGCUGCGCAACAACAAGGGUUUUUUUUUUUCUUAAUCAUGUUUUUGAUUCUCUGUAUAUCUUUUGUUCUCAUGAGUCAGAAUUGUAACGUAGAUUUGUUCUUUUCCAGGUCUGCAUACAUCACUUUUACCAACAGAGAAUCUGUGGACAAGGCUUUAUCAUUGAAUGGUACCACUUUCUUCUCGCGCACACUAAAGGUAAGGGAAUUUACAUUAUAUCAUUGUAUAGCUAGAAGUAAGUCAACUAAUUUGGCUCUCGGGAUUCAUAUUGCAAUUGUCCUGUACAUCGGUCCUGCUUACCAUUCUUUUGCAUAAUGAAAGCUGGGCCUAGUAUUCAAUUAGCCUCCUUGUAAUUUCCCAUGCAGAUUCUGUGAAGUUUAUAUUUUCCCUGAGGGAGGGGGAUAGGGGGGUGGGGGGUGUUUGAUUUGGGCACACUACUUGCUUCGGGCAGGGCUCUGUGAUAGUAAUCCGAUCCAAGAUGACGAGGGAGAGAGAACAACCGGUGGAUUGGACUAAAAGGAGAAAUACAACUGCACAAGAUAAAAGAGAGGAUAGAGAGGUGGAAACCCCAGGGCGUCACCGUGGUAGUUUCGAGAACACCCCCAACCCUGCACAAGAUGCCUUUGACACUUCUUAUACCUCCUCCUGAGUAGUUUCUUUUACGGAAGAAAGUUACCAGGGUUGGGCUUGACAAUGGGCCUAAUACUGUAAUGAUUAGGCGGACGGGUAUAAAUUAUACUAUAGAAGAAAAGCUUUGCUGAAACCUUUACGACUUGUGCUUCGAGUCCUAAAGUGAUACUAGUGUACUGUGUGAAAGCCUCCUUGAUGAUAAUGUUGUAUUGCAGCAUCCAGUUUCUGGUUAUCUCCCUUCAUAAGCGGAAAAAAUUCGUUUAGUUUACCAAAUUUGUAGGGAAGGUUGAAAUCCUCUUCUUCCAUCGAAACUGCAGCUACACUGAUAAGCUUAUGCUCACACUUCUUCAAACGACUCCCAAGCUCAUUCUCCUAGUGAGACGUCUAGUGAGACACAUGAUUUUUCAAACGACUCCCAAGCUCAUUCUCCUGUUGCAAACCAAAAUAAUGAGACAUCAAGAUGCCAAGUUCCAAUAUCUAUGGCACAGUUUAUAGCAGAGACGUCUAGUGAGACACAUGAUUUUUCAAUUUUUUGUAAAAUCUAACGUAGUUGAACAAUAUUAAUGCCAGAUUUACUGCCUGACUUUUUCGAUUCGUCUCUUACAUGUGUAUCCCCGUCGUAGAGCUGUGAUCUGAGAAAUUGUUACAUGUUAUUUUGAUGGUCCAGGAUGUCGAACUUUUCAGUUAGUGGAUGGAAGAAACAGAGAAGAAAAAAGGAAAUUUGAUAGCACGAUUUGAAUUGAUUGAUAGACUGAUACAAUGGUAGGAACCACAUUGAUCUUAGUUUAUGCUGCGUCGUAAUGAAUUUCAUAAAAACAUAAGUUGGCUAUGACAGGAGUCCAUAUCUUGUUGAGAUUUGCCAUCAAAUCGCUUAUUUUACCACCCAUCCUUCUGACUUCCUUUUCAGGUGACACGAAAAUCCGAUGAGCGGGUAGGAACCAUCGCGCCAAAGCAAGCAGCCGGGAAGCUACAAAACCUUGUAGUCGGGAGGACAAGACAACCAUUCAAUUCUGAGUUUCUUGGCAAGGACUUGUCUCAGAAACAUUUCUGCGGUCAUCUUCAAUGGAAACGAGACCAGACGCCAGGUGGGGAUAACCCCACAUCGGUCACUGCCACGCUGCCAUCUCACGUCACGGCCAAGGGCUUGUCCCAGAGGAACCUUUCCUCACGUCUUCAGUGGAGAAGAGAAAAGGCAGCAGCAGGUGGGGACGAGUCCGCGUCGCACGCCGAGCAGUAG